AUGGCAAUGACAAACAACAAGACACAAUGUUUUACAUGUCACAAAAACAAAAUAACAUAUCCUUGUAAAGGAUGUUCAAAAGAAUUUUGUUUAAAUCAUUUAACAGAACAUCAACAAAUAUUAAAUGAUGAAUUAAAUCUUAUUAUUAAUGAAUAUAAUGAAUUUAAACAGAGAAUUAAUGAGCAAAAACAAAAUACACAAAAUGAUUUAUUAAUAGAGCAAAUCGAUCAAUGGGAAAGAGACUCAAUUGAAAUAAUUCAACAAACAGCACAAGAAUGUAGAAAAUUUGUUGCUAAGUCUUCAGAAACAUUUAUUCAUGAUAUUGAAAAGAAAUUUAAUGAUUUAUGUGAACAAAUAAAACAAAUUCAUGCCGAAAAUGAAUUUAAUGAAACUAACUUAAUUUAUUUAAAAAAUCAAUUAACAAAAAUGAAAGAAGAAUUAAACAAUCCAUCAAAUAUGUCUAUUCAACAAGAUUCACAAACACUUAUUAAUGAUAUUUCAAUUAUAUUAUCGAAAAAAUCAAAAUUUAACCAGUGGAAACAAAAUGCUAUUACUGUAGCUGGUGGAAAUGGACAAGGACAAAAAUUAGAUCAACUCAAUGGCCCUGAAGGAAUCUUUAUUGAUAAAAAGAAAAGCAUUUUCAUUGCUGAUACUUAUAAUCAUCGUAUUGUUGAAUGGAAACAUAAUGCAAAAGAAGGACAAAUCAUUGCAGGUGGAAAUAAACAAGGAAAUCGAAUGAAUCAGUUGAGUCAACCAACAGAUGUGAUUGUUGAUCAACAAAAUCAUUUGAUCAUUAUUGCUGAUCAAGGGAACAGACGAGUGAUUCAAUGGGUGAAUCAAAAUCAACAAAUUCUUAUUGACAAUAUUGACUGUUUUGGCUUGAUAAUGGACACACAUGGAUUUCUUUAUGUUUCUGAUUAUAAGAAAAAUGAAGUGAGACGAUGGAAAAUGGGAGAAUACGACAGCGAAGGAAUUGUAGUAGCAGGUGGAAAUGAAAAAGGAAAUCAACUUAAUCAACUCAAUUGUCCUUCUUAUAUCUUUGUUGAUGAAGAUCAGUCUAUUUAUGUAUCAGAUGUGAAGAAUAAUCGUGUGAUGAAAUGGAGAAAAGAUGCAAAAGUAGGAACAAUUGUGGCUGGAGGAAAUGGUCAAGGAAGAAAUCUCAAUCAAUUGUCUUAUCCACAUGGAGUAGUUGUUGAUGACUUGGGUGAAAUCUAUGUAGCAGAUUUUGGGAAUGAUCGAAUAGUACGUUGGUGUGAAGGAAAAAAAGAAGGUGAAAUUGUUGUUGGCGGCAAUGGUGAAAGAAAUCAAUUGAAUCUUCCUAGUGGUAUAUCUUCUGAUGAUGAAGGAAAUCUUUAUGCUGUUGAUUAUUUUAAUCAUCAAGUUCAAAAGUUUGAAAUAAUAUUGUGA